UAAACCUCAUACGAGCGUUCCCUCAUUUGUUUUAGUGGGGUGGGGAUCCAUUCGUUUCACGUGCUCUGAGCAAACAACUUCUGAAUGGACGCUGUUCAGCUGUUUGUUCAUUGAUUCUAUUUGUGUGGACGACACUGUGAAUCUGAUCACAAUCUACAGGUUAAAUGUUGUUAAAAGUGUGACAACGGUUUAUUCUUGCUGACUUUGGGAAGUUAUCCAAGAGAUUUGAAUCUGCUGAAGUGUCACACAGCUGAUCCAUGCCUACCAGAAAAGAGACAUCCAUACCUCAUAUUCUGAAACGAUGAAGAUACCAGAUUCCAAGAAAACAUGGUGCAUAACAAUUAUAGUGGCUUUCUGCCUCUUCGGCUCUAUUUUGGCAUUCUUUCUCUAUUUUGAGCCUCCAUCUCCUGUUUGUUCCCCUGAAUUCGCACUAGCUGAAAAUCAUCGUGAUCCACAUCCAGAUGAAAAGCCCAUAGUCCUGCUGUGGUUCUGGCCCCUCGGUGUCAGGUUUGAUUUCAAAAUGUGCUUAACCAACUUCCAAAUUGAUAACUGUGUUCUGACAGAUGAUAGAUCCCUCUACAGCAAGGCACACGGAGUCAUUUUCUACCAAAGAAACAUAGCCUGGAAUUUGGACAACAUGCCACAGGAGCCACGUCCAUCUUUUCAGAAGUGGAUUUGGUUCCAUGUGGAAUCGCCAACGAACACAGGAAGGAUACCGGGUCUGGUCAACCUGUUCAACUUAACAUUGAGCUACAGAAGAUAUGCUGGCAUCAAUGUGAGGAAUGAUCUCACGAUCAGAGACACUGAAAGCACAGAGGACUUUGUUUUGCCCAAGAAAGACAAACUAGUGUGCUGGAUAGUCAGUAACAAUAACCCUCAAACUGGAACAGCUGUGAGAGAACAAUAUUAUCGUGAACUAUCUAAACAUAUCAACAUCAAUGUCUUUGGUCGAGCCUAUACUGGGCACGCUUUAAGUUAUGAGGAGUACUACUCAACAAUUGCUAGCUGUAAGUUUUACCUCUCAUUUGAGAACUCCAUCCACAGAGACUACGUCACAGAGAAGGUCAACGGGCCCCUCGUGGCGGGGACGGUCCCUGUAGUUUUGGGUCCGCCGAGAGAAAACUAUGAGCAAUUCCUUCCCUCUGACGCCUUCAUCCACAUAAAUGAUUUCCCUGAUGCAAAGUCACUGGCUGCCUAUCUGCUGAACAUGAAGGACGAGGAGUACGCACGUUACUUUGAGUGGAGAAAGUUCUUCACAGCCACCCCUCACCUGCAGUCCACCCAAAAUGAAUUCAUUCAGCCUAUCUGCCUCGCCUGCAAACACAUGUCAAGGGACAGGGGUUUCCAUAUAGUUCACGACCUUUAUGACUGGUACUUUGAAUGAAAACAUCAAAGAGAACGUCACUUGAUGUUGGCUCAAUCAUGUGGAUGAAGACUGAACAUGAGUGUUUAGCACGCUGUAUUCUGUUUUAAGUAGAUAAGAUUUGGAAUUAUUUUACAAUUUUGGAAUAUAUUGUCCCUCUUUUAGAAAAAUAGCUUAGCUUGAAGAUUGUAAAAGGGAGAAGCAGCCUCUAAUAACAGAGCACUGAACCCUGUUUUACAUAUUUGUAUAACAUAAUCCAGGAUCAUCUGUGCCGGUAUUCUUUCUUUGUAAAUAUCAGUAAUGUAUAUUUUGAUAGUCUCCUUCAAACUCUUACAUUUUCCACCUAUAGUCCUCCCGUACUGAAAGGUUUAGUGUGUUUCCUAACAAUGUUAAUCCCAGGCAGGUCCCUGUUUGUGCCUUGAUCAAAUAUGAUCAAGUAGGGUGUCAGGUGAGAUGCAAAUGGUUUUACUCAUUU